UAGAACUAGAACUCAGCUUUCCUGACUUCCCACCAAGCAUCUUUCCAUUAUAGGACUCUCCACAAGAACAGCAGUUCUCUGCACUUUGGGGCUAUCAACACCAAGCAGACAGAGAAGCAGGAGGGAAGACUGUGAAGACAAUGGGUAACCUGACUGCCCAGGCAGUGUCUUCUGCCAGGUGUUCAGCUCUCCCAGGCUCCUCGAGGCCUCUGCUAUGACCACAGUUCCCUCGUGGUACCAGGACUGCCCUUUGCUGCUGCAGCCACACCAGAUCCCCAUUCUGCCCUGUCUGUCCUUGGCCCCAAGCCAGCAUGGGCAGUGUCAGUAGCCUCAUCUCUGGCCACAGCUUCCACGGCAAGCACUGCCGGGCUUCACGGUACAAGCUGGGCAAAUCCUCCCAUCUCAAGAAGCUCAAUCGGUAUUCAGAUGGGCUGCUGAGAUUUGGCUUCUCUCAGGACUCAGGCCAUGGCAAGUCCAGCUCCAAAAUGGGAAAGAGUGAAGACUUCUUCUACAUCAAGGUCAGCCAGAAAGCCCGGGGCUCCCACCACCCAGAUUACACUGCACUGUCUAGUGGGGACAUGGGCGGCCAGCCUGGGGUGGACUUUGGCCCGUCCACCCCACCCAAGCUUAUGCCCUUCUCCAAUCAGCUAGAAAUGGGCUCAGAGAAGGGUGCAGCGAGGCCCACAGCGUUCAAGCCGGUGCUGCCGCGGUCAGGAGCCAUCCUCCACUCGUCCCCUGAGAGCUCCAGCCACCAGCUGCACCCUGCCCCUCCAGACAGGCCCAAGGAACAGGAGCCAAAGCCCAGCCUGUGCUCUGGGGCGCUGUCUGACUCCGGCCGGAACUCCAUGUCCAGCCUGCCCACACACAGCACCAGCAGCAGCUACCAGUUGGACCCGCUGGUUACGCCAGUGGGGCCCACCAGCCGUUUUGGGGGCUCAGCCCACAACAUUACCCAGGGCAUCAUCCUCCAGGACAGCAACAUGAUGAGCUUGAAGGCUCUGUCUUUCUCUGAUGGGGGUAGCAAGCUGGCCCACCCAAGCCAGGUGGACAAGGGUUCCUCAUGUGUGCGUUGCCCCAUCUCCACAGACGAGUGCACCAUCCAGGAGCUUGAGCAGAAGCUGCUGGGGAGAGAAGGAGAGCUGCAAAAGCUGCAGCGCAGCCUGGAGGAGAAGGAGCUGCCCUCCAGCCAGGCCUCCGAAGAGCGGCAGUGGCGCUGCAAGGAGGGGCGGGAGGGCCUGGAGCAGAAGGGCAGCAGCAAGCCGAAGCAAGCCUCCCAGAAGAGCCAGCGCACGCAGCAGGGGCUGCACCUCCAGGUGCUCCAGCUCCAGCAGGAGAAGCGGCAGCUCCGGCAGGAACUUGAGAGCCUCAUGAAGGAGCAGAACCUGCUGGAGACCAAGCUUAGGUCCUAUGAGAAGGAGAAGACCAGUUUCGCCCCCGCGCUGGAAGAGACCCAGUGGGAGGUGUGCCAGAAGUCAGGUGAAAUCUCUCUCCUGAAGCAGCAGCUGAAGGAGUCCCAGACAGAGAUCAAUGCCAAGGCUAGUGAGAUCCUCAGUCUGAAGGCACAGCUGAAGGACACACGGGGCAAACUGGAAGGCAUGGAGCUGAAGACUCAAGAUUUGGAGAGCGCUUUGCGCAACAAGGGCCUGGAGCUAGAGGUCUGUGAGAAUGAGCUACAGCGCAAGAAAAAUGAGUCUGAGCUUCUCCGAGAGAAGGUGAACCUGCUGGAGCAGGAGCUGCUGGAGCUGCGGGCCCAGGCUGCCCUGCAGCGGGAUGCUGUGUCUCUGGGGCCAGGACUGGGGCCUGGGCCAGGGACUACUUUCUCUGAGGACAUCCCCGCCCUGCAGCGGGAGUUGGAGCGGCUGCGUGCAGAGCUGAAGGAGGAGCGGCAAGGCCACGACCAGAUGUCGUCAGGCUUCCAGCAUGAGCGGCUGGUGUGGAAGGAGGAGAAAGAGAAGGUGAUCCAGUACCAGAAGCAGUUACAGCAGAGCUACCUAGCCAUGUACCAGCGGAACCAGCGCCUGGAGAAGGCUCUGCAGCAACUGGCCCGUGGGGACAGUGCAGGGGAGCCCUUUGAAAUUGACCUUGAAGGGGCCGACAUCCCUUAUGAGGACAUCAUAGCCACUGAGAUCUGAGGGGCCUACCGGGAGAGGGAGAGCCAGGGAUCUGGCAUCAGGAGGCAGGGGUACAGAGCCUGUCACGGAGGGCUCCUCUCCCCACUCCCCUGCUCAGUAACUCAGGCCUCUGUGAGAGGCCUUCCCCAAGGCACAGACUGGGAUUCUCCAGGGGAGGGGGGGGAGGAAGGACUGCUACAUAACCUUUGCAGCCCUUGCCCACAUUCCAGCAUUUACCAUCCCUGCAGCCCACCAGACCUCUAGCUUUCCUAAGAGAUGGGUUCAGGGAUCUCCAUCAUUUGGUUAAGAGGUCUCUAAACCUUGCCUUUUGUUCAAAAAUACUUAGACCCUCUCCCAGGGAUGGUGGUAACUGCUGUAUUGGCCGAUGGCCACCCCAGGACAGAAGCUCCCUUUUGCCUCUUCGCACAACUGCUUUUUUUGCCCCUGGACACAUUGGGAUGGCUUGAGAGUAGAAAGAAGCCAUCUGUGAUCAUAAACCUUAGAACCUGACCCGGUCAUAACCUGAGCUGUUUUUCUCUGGCCUCAGAGUUGUGGGGGUUGGAUUUUGGUAUGGAGAACCUGGCUUAGCAACAUCAGAGCUGUCCCAAUCCUAGAAAGCCACAAAAAGGAGGGGAAAUCUGGGGCAGCCCAGGAAUAUCUAGACUCAGCAAAGCCCAGAGGGGGU